AUGGACAAAGUUUAUUCCGGAAUCCCUGCAUAUGCAGGAGUUAACAUCACAGAAUUGAGUCCUGGCAGCGUGGUGGUGCAGCAUGACAUCAUCCUGCAGGCCAAGUUCAGCCCGGAAUACAAGGAAGAGUUUAAGAAGUUCACCCAAGAGAUAGAGAAAAAAAUUAUGAAUGUAACUCAGCAGCAAAUAAUGAGGAAUAAUACCUGCACAACCCAGCUGUGCUUCAAUACAACUGCCACAGAGGUGAAAAACGUUUCGAUAACCCAAUACAACCCUGAAGAGGUCUGCCGGGAAAGGGCUGGGAAAGACUUGGCUAAAUACUUCUUUGUGGAGUACAAGGACCUGCAACCAAACUGCAUCAACCGCUGCAUGCCUGGUUUCAAAGCCUCCAUGGACUGCCACUUCGGGACAUGCAAGCUGGAGCGCAGUGGCCCGAAGUGCUACUGCCUGAACACAAACACUGACUGGUACAGUGGGGAAACCUGUGAGGUUAGCACCAAGAAGAGCCUGGUGUACGGGCUCGUGGGGGCAGCGGGCGCAGUGGUGCUGGUGGCCCUCGUCAUCCUCCUGGUGUUCGUGUUCCGCUCCAAGAGAGAAGUGAAAAGACAAAAGGCCAAAGUGACUGAGUUGUACAACUGGCAUGAGGAGGAUGGUGGACCAGCCCCUGGGACCUUCCAAAACAUUGGCUUUGACAUCUAUGAAGAACCAAAUAACUCCAUCAACCUGGAUUCCAUCUACAGUAACUUCCAGCCCUCCCUGGACCACAUAGACUCUAAAACAAAGAUAAAAAUUCGGAGGCCUGAGGUGAUGAUGGAAUCAUUUUAA